GCAUGUGCAGGGGGGCCAGGGGGAGGUAAGAUUACACAGGGUCUGGUCUCCUGCCAGCUACCCUGCUGUAAACACUCCAUUACUGCGCCAAUAGAGUGAGAGAGAAAGAGAGCAUCAGAAAGCGACUGAGAGUAAGAGAGCGAGAGUGAAGGAGGGAUAAGCCCCUGAUGCAGGUCGGCGGUUGGCAAAACAUAAGAUCCGGACUCCUCUGGCGCAGCAGCCGUCUGUAGCGCUGGGAGGAGUAGCACUGAGGAAUGAAGAGCUGAGUCCGUGUGGGGAGCAGUGGGUGUCUCCGUGCUCUGGAGGGCAGUCCAGAGCCACAACCAGCUGCUCUUCAUUUGCUUUCACACCACAGCCCCGUGCAUCCGUAGGGCUCCUCGCUCUUGGGAAAUUGCCAUUGGGGCACUUGUUCAUUGGGAAGCAGCAUCUCCUUGGGGCACUUGCUCAGUGGGAAGCAGGGAUCCUCGUGCAUCUCUCAGCUGGGAGAACAGAGGAGCUGGGAGUGGUAAUAAGGAACCCGCGGCAGGCGAUGGCUACAGGGGAGAUCACCACACUACCCCCAAUGCCCGAGGAUGGGGCCAGUGCCACCUUCCCCCCGGGAAACUUCAAGGACCCCAAGAGACUGUACUGCAAAAACGGGGGAUAUUUCCUGAGGAUCUUGGCCGACGGGCAUGUGGACGGCAUUCGUGAUAAAAACGACCCCCUCAUCAGGCUGCAGUUGCAGGCCACCUCACUGGGGGAAGUGGUCAUUAAAGGAGUCUCAUCCAACCGCUAUCUUUCCAUGAACAAAGACGGGAGACUGCUUGGAGUGAGACGUGUGACGGAUGAAUGCUUCUUUCUGGAGAGGCUGGAGGCCAACAACUACAACACAUAUCGCUCACGGAAGUUUCCGGACUGGUAUGUGGCACUGAAGCGGAACGGGCAGCACAAACUGGGGCCGAAGACCAGUACAGGCCAGAAGGCUAUCCUCUUCCUCCCCAUGUCAGCCAAGAGCUGAUCCUGCUCCGGACACAUGAGGAUAGCCUAAGGAGAUAUGAAUACACUGUGUGUCUAGCCAACCGCCAACACCCCCCACCCUCCACCCCCCAUCACCUUUCUCAAUCCCACAAACUUUCUGGGAACCAUCCAGAUCGGGAAAAGUAACCAGGAACUUUGUUGGCUCUUCGAAUGCCUCUCUGGUUAUUUUCCUCUGAAUUUAGAGAACUGUGAAGAUGGAAGGAGUUACUGACAGAACUCGAACUAAGAUGUGGUAAUGUUGGUAAUGGGAAUGCCAACAGCAUCUGGGAUCUGGGUUUUAGGUUACCAUACGGUACGGCGCAGGGCUAACCAGCCACCCUGCACCCUUCUGCCUUUGUGCUCCUUCUGGAAUCUUCCUCUAAAAGCAUUUCAAACACACCAGCAUAAUGUGAACUGAAACAGCAUAAAUGGGAAAUUAAAGGAAUACACAUAUACCUAUCAGGAGGAAACACAGUUACACAUAAUGUGUGACAGCCAGCAGAAACAAAGGCCCCUCCCAUGAGCAGUGAAAGACGCACAAACGCAAGCAUUUAGUUGUUGGCUGGUUGAUCCAA